CAUAUAUAUUUACGUCAGAGAUUUUUGUUCAGUGUGGUUGUUUUAAAAGAAAAUAUUUUCGUUUGUUUUUCUUACAAAGUCUCUCUUGUCUCUAUCCAAUGAAAAUUUAAUAAAAAAUAUACAUUUUUGUAAGGUUGUAAUUGAAAACAUUGUUAAGAAUAGUGUACAGUUAAGAAAGGAACACAAAAUCUAAGAAGGUCAACUCUUAUCAAGAGCAAAAUGGAAUCAAGUUUAAGUAAAAUAUUGAACAUGAACAGACAGCAGCUUAGUGGUCAAUUGUAUAAGUACACCAACGUAGUUAAAGGAUGGCAAUAUCGAUGGUUCACAGUGGAUGCCCAGGCCGGUUUGCUCAGCUACUAUUUGUGUGAACCGUCGAAUGAUGACUCAAACCCACAUAUCAUAGGGAAUUCCCCUCGAGGACAGGUCCACUUGGCCGGCGCAGUAAUCUGUCCGAGUGACGAGGAUUCCAAAACGUUCACCGUAAACUGUGCAUCCGGAGAUAUGUUGAAGCUCAGGGCGGGAGAUGCCCGGGCCAGACAGGAAUGGGUUGACGGAUUGCGGGCCAUUGUCGAGAGUCACUCGAAUGCGGCCGCUUCGUUACCACCGAGGGAUCAAUUAGCUGCCCACGAUGCUUUUGGGGCCGCUCGGCAACAGCUGCAGCAAACCGAACUGAGCAAUGCUGCCCUGGCCAGGGCAAUCGAGAACGUAUCCAGCCCGUUGGCCCAUACGGAUCCGGAUUUGCUGAUGCUGAAGGCGGUCUCGGCGGCCAGUACCCACAGUUUGCUGCAGUGUUUGGGAUUGCUCCAGAGGCACCACGAACUCGCCGAUGCCAGAGGGGAACCAACGUUUUAAAACCGACGAAAUGCAUUUCAAAAUUUACGGAAGUAUA